AUGGUCUACUCGGCCACCGCCGUAUUGGCUCAAUCCAAGGGCUACAACCUCAAUCUGUAUUUCCUCAAGCAGGUGCUGGCGGCGGUGGUCGGCUUGGCGGCGAUGCUGGCGGUGAUGCACGUCGACUACCGGGUGUUAAAGCGGCCGGUGGUGGCUUACGUGCUGGUUGGUGGUGCCCUGGCCUUGCUGGUGGCGGUGUUGUUUGCGCCGGCGCUCAACAACUCGCGGCGCUGGUUCUACCUCGGAGGGCUGUCGAUCCAGCCGUCCGAGCUCGCCAAGCUGGCGCUGGUGGUCUACAUCGCCUAUCAGAUCGACCGCAAGCGUGAUUUCGGGCAGAGCUACGCCUUCUUGGUGCCGGCGGCGGUAAUGACCGCUUUGAUGGCCUCAUUGAUUCUGCUCGGUCGUGAUUUGGGUACUACCGUGUUGCUGGUGGUGCCGGCGGUGCUGAUGAUCUUCCUGGCCGGCGUGUCGUGGCGCUACUUGGCCAUCGGCGGGCUGAUCACCCUGCCGUUGGCGGCGGUCGGGGUGUUGAUCGAGCCCUAUCGCUUCAAGCGGCUCACCGCGUUCAUGGAUCCUCAGGCCGAUCCACUCGGAAGCGGCUUCCAGCUGUUGCAAUCGUUGAUCGCCAUCGGCUCCGGCGGCGUCUUUGGGUUGGGCCCGGGCCAGAGCCUGCAGAAGCUCUAUUUCUUGCCCUCGCCGCACGCCGACUUCAUCUACGCCAUCGUCGCUGAAGAACUUGGCUUCAUAGGCGCGGUCGCGGUGCUGGCAUUGGUCGCCGUGCUGCUCUGGCGCGGUGUGCUGGCGGGCCUGCAGGCACCGGAUCUGUUUGGCCGCUAUCUGGCUUGGGGCUUGACCGGCCUGCUGGUGAUUCAAUCGAUGAUCCACAUCAGCGUGGCGCUUGGCUUGCUGCCCUCGACCGGUGUUCCGUUGCCCUUUAUCUCCCAUGGCGGCUCGUCGCUGGUGACCUCGCUGGUGGCCUGCGGUUUGGUGCUGAACGUCUCGCAGCACGGAUGA